AUGGGUGUACAUCAACUUAAUUCCAUGUUCUUUGCUUACACAGGAGACAAAGAUGGCAGCAAAGUAACUACAGUUGUAGCAACUCCUGGACAAGGGCCAGACCGACCACAAGAAGUUAGCUAUACGGACACCAAGGUGAUUGGCAAUGGAUCUUUUGGUGUUGUGUAUCAAGCCAAACUCUGCGAUUCAGGAGAGCUUGUGGCCAUCAAGAAAGUGCUGCAGGACAAAAGAUUUAAGAACCGAGAGCUCCAGAUCAUGAGAAAGUUGGAUCACUGUAACAUUGUCCGAUUGCGUUAUUUCUUCUACUCUAGUGGAGAGAAGAAAGAUGAGGUGUACCUCAACUUGGUGCUGGACUAUGUUCCUGAAACAGUAUACAGAGUUGCCAGACAUUAUAGUCGGGCCAAACAGACACUCCCUAUGAUCUAUGUCAAGUUGUACAUGUAUCAGCUGUUCCGGAGUUUAGCCUAUAUCCAUUCCUUUGGAAUCUGCCAUCGGGAUAUAAAACCACAGAACCUCUUGCUGGACCCUGAUACAGCUGUUCUAAAACUCUGUGACUUUGGAAGUGCAAAACAGCUGGUUCGUGGAGAGCCUAAUGUCUCUUACAUCUGCUCUCGGUACUACAGGGCACCAGAGUUGAUCUUUGGAGCCACCGAUUAUACCUCCAGUAUAGAUGUGUGGUCAGCAGGCUGUGUAUUGGCUGAACUGUUACUAGGACAGCCAAUCUUUCCAGGUGACAGUGGUGUGGAUCAGUUGGUGGAAAUAAUCAAGGUCCUGGGAACGCCUACAAGGGAGCAAAUUAGAGAAAUGAAUCCAAACUACACUGAAUUCAAAUUCCCUCAGAUUAAGGCACAUCCCUGGACUAAGGACUCGUCAGGAACAGGACAUUUCACCUCAGGAGUGCGGGUCUUCCGACCCCGCACUCCACCAGAAGCAAUCGCGCUAUGUAGCCGCCUGUUGGAAUAUACCCCUACUGCCCGCCUGACUCCCCUGGAAGCGUGUGCACACUCUUUCUUUGAUGAACUACGGGACCCAAAUGUCAAGUUACCAAAUGGGCGAGAGAAACCUGCACUCUUCAACUUCACCACUCAAGAACUGUCAAGUAACCCAUCUCUGGCUUCGAUCCUCAUCCCUGCUCAUGCUCGGAAUCAAGCAGCUGCUUCAACCCCUACAAAUGCUACAGCAGCCUCAGAUGUUAACGCAGGAGAGCGAGCUCAGACCAAUAGCGCAGCUUCAGCCUCCGCCUCCAACUCCACCUGAACAGGUCCCGAGCAGCCAGCUGCACAGGAAGAAUCACCAGUAAUUUGAGUCUCACUCAGCAACACUGGUCACAUUUGGAAAGAAAAUUAAAAAGAGGAAAAAAAACAAACAAAACAAAACCCAACAACAAACCUGUUCAUUUUAGUGUUCAAUUUUUUUAUUAUUAUUAUUGUUGUUCUUAUUUAACCUUGUAAAAUAUCUAUAAAUACAAAC